AAGAAGCCCGAGGAUGUUCCCAUACAGGAGCUCGGUCGGUGCAGAGAGGCAACAUGACGUGGAUGAAAAGCUUUGCUCUUUUCGUUUGCGUCCUGGCAGCGACGUCAGCAGCUGAAGCAGGCUUUUUGAGAGGAAGAAGACAGAAGAAAUUUUCAGUUUUCUCCUCCUCCUCUUCGUCGUCAACCUCAACCUUGAUUGAAAGUUCAGGUGGGGUCUGUCUUCACGGAGGCACCUCCGUCACAAUCCUGACCACCGCCCAGCUGACGCUUUGUUUGUGUGCCGACGGGUUUGAGGGGAAGAACUGUGAAACGGUGAAAAAUACCGACUGUUACGAGGGCGUGGGGCUGCGCUACAGAGGCACAGCGUCCAAAUCAAAGACUGGACGAAGGUGUGAGGAGUGGGAUCUGGACACCAGACUGCAGUUCAUGUCUUCAGACGUCAAUUCAGGGAGGCACAACUACUGCAGAAACCUCCACCACAGACGGCGGCCGUGGUGCUACGUCAGGAGAAAGCGGCAGCUGGUGUGGGAGUACUGUGCCGUCCCACGGUGUCACUCUGAGUCCAUUCCUGUUGCUCCUUCGCCUGCACCCACUGAUCCAGCGUCAGAGUCGACAUGUGGCCUCCGCGCCAGGAGAAAGCAGAUGAAGAUUGUGGGUGGAGGAGUUACCACUGUGGAGUCCCAUCCGUGGGUUGCUGCCAUAUUUUGGCACAGCAAAUCCAAGGAGGAGGUUUUCCGCUGCGGGGGGAGUCUGAUCUCAGCCUGCUGGGUCCUCACAGCUGCCCACUGCUUCCCUGGCAGCUCCCACGCCGAAAGUCACGACUUCUCCGUCAUCCUGGGGAAAAAUGCUCUGAAUGAGAGCGACCCAACCGUGGAGCAAAGAUUCAGGGUGGAGGAAAUCAUCGUCCACGAGGGGUUUGACAACAGCGAGGGGAACUUCGACAACGACAUUGCCCUGCUGAAGCUGAAGGCCAAACAUGGGAAGUGUGCAGAGGAGAGCAGCUCGGUGAAAACCGUCUGCCUGCCGCCGCCUCAGCGGCGCCUCCAGCCAGGCGUCACCUGCGAGAUCGCUGGAUACGGCAAAGAGGAAUACGGUUUGUGGUACAAGUCUCAGUACCUCAGGGAGGCUCAGGUGAACCUUCUCGCCGACGAUGUGUGUCGACACGAGGACUAUUAUGAAAACAUGAUCACUGACAACAUGUUGUGUGCGGGUCGUCCCGACUGGAGCCAGGAUGCCUGUGAGGGAGACUCCGGGGGGCCGCUGGUGUGCGAGGUCGGCAACAGGCUCUUCCUGUUCGGGGUGAUCAGCUGGGGUGACGGCUGCGCAAAGGAGUUCCGGCCCGGCGUCUACACCAGAGUGACCAACUACAACCGAUGGAUAGAAGAGAAGACGGGGCUGUCGUUGCUGGGUCCACCUGAGCUCACCGUCAAGCUGAGGACAUGAGACAGGAGACAUGGACGUUACUGCUGCUGUCGGCUCUUUAUAUUGGGAAGUUAUUUAAUGUUCAAACUGCUAAACUUUAUUGUUUUUUUUGUAAAUAUACACUCAUUUUGAAUUUGAUGUUCCAAUAAAGUUAUUACAAAUAAAGACCUGUUUUCCACUUUGUCCCAUCAGCUUUUCACUCAGUAACCAUUUAGGAACUGAGGACCUUAACUGUCAAAGCUCUGAAAGUGAAAUUGUUUGGUGGCAGAUUUGUGUUAACUGCACUCUUUUACCAUGAAGCCACACUGUGUGAAUGUGUAGUAGUUAAGCAGCUAAAACUCUCACCUUUCUGGUCUGUCACCUUGCAGAAAUCUCAGCUUCAUUAAACAGUUGUCACGUAAACUGCUGAAAGUUGAUGUCUUUCUGUCUGGACCACCAGGUGGCGCUAAUGGGGUGCCAAAACAUUGCUGUGAUCAUUCUUUGGGAUCUGUUCUUUGUGUUGGCAGUUAGCGACUCAGAGGAAACACCAGGACUGUUUGGAUGUGAACUGCUGGAAGUUAAUGUGUAGGUCUUUAUUUUAGCUGAUUUGAUUGGCCACUAGAUGGCGCUGAUGUGGUAAGAAUGAACGCAGACUGAAUGCUGAGAUUAUUCUACAGGAU